UUUGAGAACGGCUAAAUAACGGAAUCCUCACGUGGUUGGACGGCACCGCACCCGAUGGACAAUUUGACAUUUGGCCCACAAUAGGGUCGAAAUUUUUGACGGUCAAGUGUGCAGCCAUCCGCCUUGUCUGGAUUUGAAAUCGUAGCCAAAUGCUCGAGGAAUGAAUCCAUUUAACCACCUGUUUUCUUCCUUCCUUCCUUUGGACACCUAUCGGAUCCCUUCAUGUGGCCAUUUGAGGACUCUGUACCGGAGAUCACAGCUCAGGAUGCAGUGAAGAGGCAAGACUACGAUUACAUUAUCGUUGGAGGUGGUACUGCUGGCUGUUGCCUAGCAUCACGCUUGAGCGAAGAUCCAUCGGUCACAGUACUCAUAAUCGAACUUGGAAAUGUUGCCGACUCUUGGGCCUCCAAAGUUCCUGUCAUUUCGGCAAACCCUCAUAGGAGCGGUUCACAAGCCGCUCGCUGGAAAGCCUUGCCAUUGUCGAACGUUGACUCCCGGGUACUUGACGUCGUUCGUGGCGAGGCUCUGGGAGGGUCCUCCCGUGUGAACGCGAUGGUUUAUACUCGCGGCGCACCGGGUGACUAUAAUCGCUGGAAGGAAAUGGGCCAUCCGAGUUGGGGUUACGAUCAGCUUGAACCUUACUUUGUCAAAUCAGAGAAGACAUUAAGCCAACCUCCUUCGAGUUUCCGUGGAGGCCAAGGUCCAUGGGAAAAUCGAACAUUCAAGGAUUUACCCUAUCGAAUCCUCCACCAUGUCGCAAGUGCUACAAGUAGUCUUGGGAUCCCUGGAGUCGCCGAUAUCAACUCUCCGCACGCCCCAGCGGUUGGGUAUGCCACAUUGGACGUCGCCACUGACCGUAAGAUGUACCGUGCCUCGACCUAUCGAGCCUUCCUCCCGCCGUCAUUGACGCAAGAGCGGAAGUCACGACUAUUCAUCUGCACCAAUUCUCAAGCAACUCUCAUACGGUUCUCCAGCUCAACCUCUGGGAGGCCUAAGGCCGAAGGUGUUCAUUUCCAGGACGUUAAAUCUGAUUCCGAUGCGACACAAAGCUACUUUGUCAAGGCUAGAAAAGAGAUAGUUCUUUGUUGCGGAGCCGUUGGUUCGCCUCACCUUUUGCAAUUGAGUGGCGUCGGACCCAAGGCGCAUUUGAUCUCCAAGGGGAUUAAAGUGGUACGGGAUAUGCCAGGUGUCGGCACUAACCUGCAAGACCAUGUUGGGCUACCGGUCAUGUAUGAGAUUCCUCUCAACGAUUCUCUCCAUGUCCUCGAAAGGAGCACCUGGGUUGCUCUCACGGAACUACUUAAAUAUGUCGUGACUGGUCGCGGUAUUUUUUCGUUACCUUUCAUGCAGACAUCCCUUUUCGUUCCCUCCCAGCUUCUCGAUGAAAACUCUUGCGUGGUCCACACCGACAAGACGAAGCUGGAUUCAUCCCUGCCGGCAAACACUCCAGACAUUGAAAUCAUGCCCAUUGCCUUCCGUUGCUCUGACGACGACGUCGUCACCAAAGAAGGGAUCUUUUCCUUCUUGACGGCCCAUAUCCGGCCCAAGUCCUUCGGUAGUGUCCGUUUGGCAUCAGCAUACCCGCUCGAUCGUCCUGCAGUCGAUCUCGGCUUCCUCUCAAACCCGGAAGACUACUUGGUUUUGAGGAAAUGUGUUCGCCUCGCGUUACGCCUCGCGGAACAGGUUCGGAGCCAGGGUUAUCCUCUCAAGGACCUACAAGUCCCCGAAACGGAGAACGACGCUGACAUCGACCGCUUCAUUCGUAAAAAUCUACGAACUUCCUAUCACUACUCUUCCACUUGCCGUAUGGGAGCUGAACAUGAAGUUGACCGUCCCGGAGUGGUCGAUGAUGAGUUGAGGGUACAUGGAAUAGAUGCACUACGAGUCUGUGAUGCCUCGGUUUUCCCUGAAAUCAUUGCCGCACACACAAUGGCUCCUACGGUGGUCGUAGCAGAGAAAUGUGCAGAUAUGAUGAAGGCUGCCGCUGUUGGAAAAAAAAUCUGAUAGUUUUGUUACGCUGAUUCUAGUUUUCAGAGUCUCAAGGUUUUACGUAGAUAGUUAUAUAUUCUACUGCAGAUCCAUACUUCUAUUACUUAAAGGCUGAUAAUACCUUUGUGUGCAUGAGGGACAGGUAUCUAUACAAACCAUUUUCGUCAAGUGGGCG